AUGAAACGAGUAUUUAGUACACAAGCCAUCCAAACAGCCAUCGAGAAAUCCCUGCCAGAUUUUCAAAAAAUCGCCGGUAACGCUGCGGUGAGGACUCAGGAAACGAUUAGAAGACAGUUUGCAAGGGAUGAGAGUCAUUUUAUUGGCCCCCCACCAGCCGUCGUUCUCGAACCAACCAACGUUGAGCAAGUCUCCCAACUUCUAAAACUAUGCAAUGACCGUGGAAUCCCAGUGGUCCCAUUUGGAACAGGUACCGGCCUGGAAGGUGGAUCCAUGUCAAUUCUAGGUGGAGUGUGCCUCAGCACCCAACAAAUUACCGGAGAGCCAGUGCUCCGUGAGCAAGAUUUUGUGUGUUCUGUGAAGCCGUCGACAACGAGAAUCGCGUUGAACGAUGCAAUUAAACAUUCCGGAUUGUUCUUUCCAGUUGAUCCCGGAGCAGACGCCUCUGUUUGCGGUAUGGUAGCUACCAGUGCCAGCGGAACAAAUGCGAUUCGAUACGGGACUAUGAAGGAGAACGUGUUGAAUCUGGAAGUGGUUUUGGCGGAUGGGACGGUUUUGGAUACAAAGGGAAAGGGGAGGUGUCCGAGAAAAUCGUCAGCCGGCUUCAACUUUACAGAGCUUUUUGUUGGAUCCGAAGGAACGUUGGGAGUGAUAACUGAGGCGACGUUAAGAGUCCACCCACGGCCUCAAUUCCUCUCCGCCGCUGUCUGCUCUUUCUCUUCCGUCCAUCAAGCAGCCUCAACCGUAGUCGAAGUCCUCCAAUGGAGUAUUCCAGUCGCCAGAAUCGAAUUCCUCGAUAGUACUCAAAUCAAAGCAAGCAACGCCUACAGUAGUCUGACUCUCCGUGAAGCCCCUACACUUUUUAUCGAAUUCCAUGGAAGUUCUGAAAAGGAGGUGGCCGAUCAGACUGAAGCUGUGAAGGAUAUCUGUCAGAGUCAUGAGGCGUUGGAUUUCGAUUCAGGAGCAUCCCCGGAGAAGAUGGCAUUGCUCUGGAAGGCUAGACACAACGCGUAUUAUGCAGCAUUGGCGAUGAGAACUGGAGCUAGGGGAUUCACCACCGACGUCUGCGUUCCCAUCUCCAAACUCGCCGACGUCAUCUCGGAAACUCGCGCGGAUCUUGAUGAGCACCAGAUCCUUGGAACAGUCGUCGGACACGUUGGUGACGGGAAUUUCCACGUGAUCCUUCCCACAAUUGAAGAGGACAAAUCCGAGCACCGAAAGAUUCAAGCGUUCUCCGAUCGUUUGGUUAGAAGAGCCCUUGCGGCGGAUGGAACAUGCACUGGAGAGCAUGGAGUCGGAUUAGGGAAACGGAAGUAUUUGAGGGAGGAGUUGGGAGAGAACACUGUCAGAUUGAUGCAUACUGUGAAGAAGGCGUUGGAUCCAAACAAUAUUAUGAAUCCCGGAAAGUUGUUGCCAGAGUUGUAG